UUGGAUCUGUGUCGUGACUUCCGUUGUCACGUGACCGUAGCUAACGCAGCUCUUGUCUGAAACAAAACGUUUUCAAACGUUUCAGGCCCGAAAACCGGAUCUCCUCGCCGCGCUUUCAGGCUUGAACGACUAUCAGGAAACAUUUCUGCUCGAAUUGAAAUUAUUUCGACGGUUUCAUUAAGCCAUAGGAGCUAACUUAGCUUAGUGGUGACGUUACCAUGGCAACACGAGUUAGCAUCCUCUGUAAAAUUCGGAUCCAAUUGAAAUCGAGCUGAUUUAUGUAUAAUCUCAGAACCCGAAUAAAACUUACGACUUUUAUUUCAGUUAUCGUUCCGUAAUAUUUCAGAAACGUUGGUGUUUUAUUGAACUGAAACGCGCAAAAUCGUAAACGGCGUCUUUUGUACACGGAGCUUUGUUUCCGGUCUGAAUUCUGGCUCCUGUCGGUCAGCUGGAGGAGGUAAAAGAAGCUCUGGGAGGUGUUUUCUUUCUCAAAAAGAGAAAUCAGCAGACCGGAUCAGGUUCUUGUCCCAGACAUGGAGCAGUACAGCAUCCUGGGUCGGAUCGGAGAAGGAGCUCACGGCAUUGUGUUCAAGGCCAAACACAUUGAGACAGGAGAGACGGUGGCUCUGAAGAAAGUGGCUCUGAGGAGGCUGGAAGACGGCAUCCCGAACCAGGCUCUGAGGGAGAUCAAGGCCCUGCAGGAGAUUGAGGACAACCAGUAUGUUGUGAAGCUGAAGGACGUCUUUCCCCACGGGACGGGCUUUGUUCUGGUCUUUGACUUCAUGCUGUCGGACCUCUCUGAGGUCAUCAGGAACCACCAGCGACCUCUGACCCCGGCACAGGUCAAGGGGUACAUGAUGAUGCUGCUAAAGGGCGUGGCCUUCCUGCAUCGCAAUAACAUCAUGCACCGGGACCUGAAGCCAGCUAACCUGCUCAUCAGCUCCUCGGGUCACCUAAAGAUCGCCGAUUUCGGUCUCGCCAGGCUGUUCAGCGAUCAAGGCGAGAGGCUUUACAGCCACCAGGUAGCCACCAGGUGGUACCGAGCUCCUGAGCUGCUCUACGGAGCCCGGAAGUACGAUGAAGGAGUGGAUCUGUGGGCUGUCGGGUGUAUUUUCGGGGAGCUGCUGAACUCGUCUCCUCUGUUUCCUGGAGAAAACGACAUCGAGCAGCUGUGUUGCGUCCUCAGAGUUCUGGGAACGCCGACCCGGGACAGCUGGCCUGAGAUCGCUGAGCUUCCAGAUUACAAUAAAAUCACCUUCAAGGAGAAUCCAGCCAUCCCAUUGGAGGAGAUUGUUCCAGACACGCCCCCUCAGGCCAUCGACCUGCUGUACAGGUUCCUGGUGUACCCGUCCAGACAGCGCUGUUCCGCCAAACAGGCUCUUCUUCAUCCAUAUUUCUUCACCCCUCCUCUUCCUGCUCACCACUCGGAGCUUCCCAUUCCUCACAGGGGGGGCCACCCCCCUCGCCAGCGUCAUCAGGCUCCGCCCACUGAUUUCUCUUUAGACAUGCCCCUGCAGAAGAGCGUGGUGGACCCUUUGCUGCUGCAGCCUCACGCCUCCUGUCUCUGAAACAGACGAGUCUGAACUUUUGCAUUUAACCGAAGUGAAGAAGAAGAAUAAACAUUUCUAUUUAAGACCUGGAAACUUUUA